AUGUCAGACCUUUGGAAGUGGUUCUUAAAUGCCAGUUUCUGGACCAAAGCAAACUAUACUCUGUUCUUGCUGCAGAUGUGCGACUCAGAGUUGCUGCUUAUGGCUGCCAGCCUGAUCCGUAUCCUCUUGGUCAAAGAUGCGAAGAUCUCCUCCAAAACUUUGACAAUUGGUAGUCCACGUGUGAAAAGGGUUUGGUCAAACAACUCCGAUCUAUCAUCUGGAGAUAAACCUGAGAGUGAGGAUAAAGUCAGCCACUGGUUGGCCACAUUGGACGUCUCCAAUUGGCCUCCUUCUUCCCAGAAGGUUAUCAUAUGCAUAGACAUCAUUCGCUGCCUGCCUAUCCAGCUGUCCAAGCAUAUUUUGAGAAUGCUAGACCCAAGGUCACUUACCCAAUGUUCCUAUGUGAGUCCACACUGGGCCUUCCUGGUCAAAGAUAUUAGGAAGGACAUUACAGCCCAUCGUGUUCUGCGGACUGAGAUUAUCUUCUUUCAGGGAUCAUGUCCUAAAGGAGCAACUGCUAACUAUGCCAGAGUGGUCAAGGUUGCCAUUCCUCAGAUAAACCAAGUUGGUGAAAUUAUUCCAGCGCUAGGGCGUAAGGACAAGCUGCCACCUCAGGAGGCUGAAUACAUGCAAAAAGCUUAUCAUGGCCAGCUAAUGGAUAAUGUCACGCUGUAAGAGCGGAAUGUCUUCUGUAGCAGCUACAAUGUACGUGUUCUAAUAGAAAGUGAGGAUCCAGGUAGGGUGAUCCACUACAGUGGUGGGAAGCUGGUGGCCUUUGGUUCUGUGGACCGCAAAAUUCAUUUUCUGGAUGUGAAUGAGGUGAAGGAAGUUCAUCCUGUCCUUUUUGGCCAUGCUGGUAGGAUCCAUGCCAUAUACUUCAAUGAAGAGAAAGGGCUCCUUCUAAGUGGCAGCUAUGAUCUCAGUAUCAGGAUGUGGAAUAUCAACACUGGAGCAUGUGUGAAAAUUUUUAAUGGUCACACAGGGACCAUCAUUUGCUUGGAUUUGCACAAGAACAAAUUUGUUUCUGGAGCAAAAGACUACACUGCAAAAAUGUGGGAUAUAGAUACUGGGAAAUGCCUUAGGACCUUCAGGCACAAAGGUAUUGUUUGGGCUGCUAAAAUGAAUGACAUUCAUGUUGUGAGUUCCUGUGACAGAGGCCUGGUGAAAGUAUGGCAUGUUGAAACAUGCAUACUGAUCAAGACUUUAGAAGGACACCUAGGCCCUGUGAGGUGUCUGUCAUUUGAUAGCUGGCAUCUUGUGACUGGAAGUAAUGAUGGCUAUGUCCUGGGAUGGAGCAUGGUAGGAAAACACAAAAGAUGUCUGAUGGCCUUCCGACACCCCAUGGAGGUGCUUUAUCUGGGAUUUCUCUAUCUCAGAGUCAUCAGUGGCUGUGCUGAUGGGAAGAUACGCAUAUUUAACUUCCUUACUGGAGCCUGUCUGAGGGUUAUAAGAGCCAAUAGCAGAGGUGACCCUGUGGUGUCCUUCUGUAUUGUUGAAAACAGAUUACUGAUCAAUGCACAAGGCACUGUUGUUUUGUUACAGUUUGAGAAGGUGGAAUGGGACUAUACACUGGGUACCGACCGAGUAAUUAAAAAGAAAGAUAAGAGCAAAAUUGAUGAUGCACCACUCAGAAUAAAGCCAUCUCCACAUUCACUCCCAGAGUGGAAGAAACAAGCCAAAAAGAAGAACUGGAAGCUUUACAGGCCUGAGGAGACAAUGCUUUCUUACUGUAUCGCUCGUAAGCCCACAGGAAGCCACAGUGGCAUUCCAGAUGAUGAAUCAGGACACAAGACUCCAGUCCCUUCUAGCACUUUUCUUGCCCAUAAUUCUGAGGCUCUGCUAAAGUACCUGAAAAAGCGGGCUGUUUGUGGCCCCAUAUCUAAAGACCAGGUACUUCUCACUAUCAGCACAAUACAUCAUGCCUGCAAAGCUGACCAUGUCACUGCCAACAUGGCAUACAACAUGAAAAUCAAAGAUGCCUGGGGGCCUACCCAGCUCCAGAAAGACCAGCCCAAGAAGACUCUGGCUCCCAAAAGCCUGAAGUUGCAAGACAUGGAUCCAUCCACUCAGCUGAAACAACUGAAGGCUGCAGGUGACACUCUUGGUAUCAACAGGAUUUCCACCCCCUAUGAAAUCAAAACACUGCAGCUCAACUUAAAGAACUCCCUACUUGGGGAAAAUGUGUAGUCCUUCAUGCCUGCUCCUUCUAUUACACAUUCCAAGUCAUGCAGUAACUUGGCAGGAGAGACAAAGUCACAUUCUGGCCAUGCCAGGAUACCAUCUCCACCAGUAGGUGGGCAGCCACUCAUUGGGUUCUUUACAAGCACCAGUGAAUCCCUCAAAGUACCACAUAUGAAGAUUGCCCAACCUGAUGUUGAAGCAGUCUCACAACGAAAAAAAUCUGUCUAUGCCUACGUACCAAACCCAUAUCGACUUAAUGCUGGAUUCAGGCUGUUGGCACCACAGCAAAUGAAACAGUAUGAAGAAGCUAAGGUAUUUGAGUAUCAAGCCAACCAGACAAAAGUUAUAGCAGACAGACAAAAAGAGUGCAAACUUGCCUGGUUAAGGAAAAUUAGAGGUCUUCCAAUAGAUGGCUUCACCAAGGAGGGCAAAACUGCUGCCCCUGAACUUGGACAGAAUGUUUUCAUCUGA